AUGGACACUGCCCCGUACUGCAGGUGGGGCGGCGGGCUCGAGGAGGCCCUUGGAGGGUCCUGGGGACGCUGGGGAAGGAGACUCCUCUUCCUGGUCGUGUCUCUCAUGGUGGCCACAGUCCUGUGGGCUCUCAUUCUGACCGUCUUAUUUUCCAAGGCCUCCACAGAGCGCGGGGUGCUGCUCGGCCACCAGGACCUGCUGAGGACAAACGCUUCCAGGCAAACGGCGGUGCUGGCUGCCUUGAAGGAGAAGGUCUCGGUCUGCAAUAGCUGCUGCCAGGGGACGCAGGCGCAGCUGCAGACCGCUCGCACCGAGCUUGGGGAGGCGCGGGAAAAGCUGUUCCAGCAGGAGAGCGCCCUAAAAGAACUCAGCGAGCGCGUGACCCAGGGCUUGGCCGAAGCAGGUAGAGACCGCGAGGACAUCCGCACGGAGCUGCUGCGGGCGCUGGAGGCGGCCCGGCUCAGGAACAGCUCCUGCGAGCAGUGCCCCGCGUCGUGGCUGCCCUUCCAGGGCUCCUGCUACUUUUUCUCCGAGAUAACAGCCACGUGGGACGAGGCGCAGCGCAGGUGCGUGGGCGCCGGCGCGCACCUGGUGAUUGUCCGCGGCCUGGAAGAGCAGGGCUUCCUGAGUCGGAAUACGCGAGGUCGCGGCUACUGGCUGGGCCUGAGGGCGGUGCGCCGUGCGCGCAAGAUCCAGAGCUACCAGUGGGUGGACGGAGUCUCGCUCAGCUUCAGCUACUGGAACCAGGGGGAGCCCAAUGACGCUCAGGGGCGCGAGGACUGCGUCAUGAUGCUGCGCACGGGGAUGUGGAACGACGCACCGUGCAACAGCGAGAGGGACAGCUGGAUCUGCGAGAAGAGGCAGAGCUGCUGACCCCGCCCAGUGCCCCCGAGCCACGCCCACCGCCGCACGCGCGCUGUCCGAGCAGCUCACGUCAAGGAUCCGCCCACCACCAUCGAUUUUUUUUCCCCCACCAACCACUACCGACAAUCACGCUGCCUACCCCGGUCCAGGGGCUGCGCUCUGGGACCUCCGCUCCAGCUUGACUGCAACCCCUCACACAUGGAGCUAACGUAGCCUAGCCGUCACCUCAUCCAAAAUCUCAGCUCCUUGGUCCCUGAUCUCACCCUCCCUCCUUCCCUAGCCAAGGUCAGGUGUCUGAGAAGGAGCUCUUUGGGGCGCUUGCAUGUUUCCCCAGCCUGAGAGGCCUCAAAGAUAGGGCUUUUGUGAGCUGUCUUUGUAGCCCUAGGGGGAUCAAUAAAAGUUUGAGA